AUGGGUCUCUUCUCAAACCCUCUGCGGUCUCGCGAGAACCGCAGGGCCAGAUUACCCAAGUACGAGCAACUGAGUCCGUUGCGAACCAAGGAGCGUCUCUCCAAUGACGACGACGACUACUACUCCGACGAAGACACGGACGGCUACUCUACCACGUCGACAUCCUCACCGAGUGCGAGGAGCUCAAGAAACACCUCUUCUUCCCUCUCCAGCGCCGCCUUAAUGUUGCCGAAACGAGCGCUCGCUACCGCCCGCCGACCGCGAACCCACAUGUACAGGUUGCCCAACCGCAUCAUCAGAUAUCUCUGCUUUGGUCUGCUCACCUUUAUGCUGGUCAUGAUCAUGUCACUGGCGCGCGCCAGUCAUGUUGAGAACAAGAUGAUUUCGGAGGGCAAGGUGGAGAAGAAACCGGACCCUCCCCCCGUAUGGGAAUCCUUCGGCUUCCUCCAAAGAUACUACGGCGGUAUCAGAUCAGUCGUUCCCCCAACGAACUAUAUUCCCUCCUACCCUCGGUCCGAGGAUGAGACUCCCCUGGACCAGCUCGACAUCAACACCACGGCGACUGCUACCAGCGAAGAUGGCAUCGAUGACGCUGUGAGGCGAUCGGUGCCCAAGAGCAAGAUGUUCCUCGACCAUCCCGACUCCAUUUUCAACACCAAGCCCGAGAAGAUUACCGAGUGCUUCGUCGACAAGGAGAACAAGGUUCGUGUGCCGCCGAUUCGCUACUUCGACGGCCGACCCCAAGGAUUCCCCCAGCACGUCGAGGGAUCCUACGAGCUCCUGAACCUUCCUGAGAACAUCUGCUACGAGCGCUUUGGACGCUACGGUCCUUAUGGCUUCGGAUACUCCGUCCCCGCCGGUGGUCUUGGCGUCGGUGAACAUGGCGAGAAGGAGGGCUCUGAGGCCGUCUGGGAACAGGCUGCCAAGGUGGAUUGGCGCAAAGUCAACUGGGCUGAUGCUCAACAACGCUGCUACCAGUCCAAUUCGCAAAGAUUCAAGGCCAUGCCGCCCAAGGUCCCGAUGGCGCGUGGUUUCUACAUCGACGAGCCUGUUCAGAAUGCUACCCUGGUCGCCCGCGAUCCGCUGGACAACUUGGAGCCCACCGCGAAGCCCGUCCAAGAUGGCAAGCCUGAGGAGAAGAGCGAGAGCAAGCCUGCCAGCGAAGAACCAAAGAAGGACGAUGAGAAGGGCGCUCGCACUGCGGUCGUGAUCCGUGUUUGGGACGAGUACAACUGGCGCGAGGACGACAUCAUGAACGUUCGAUCUGUCAUCUCCGAGUUGGCCCUGGCCUCUGGCGGACGCUACGACAUCCACCUUCUCGUUCAGAUCAAGAACGACGCCGCCCACCCCGUCUUCGCCGACCAUGAGGUUUAUGAGCGCCGUAUUAGGGAACGCAUUCCCGAAGAGUUCAGAGGUCUUGUCACGCUGUGGACCGAAACACAGAUGCUGUCCCUCUACCAGGGUCUCUUUGACCUGUUCACCCGUGGUCCCGACCUGCCCGUUCAUGGUGUUUACCGCGGUCUUUCGAUGGCCAUGCAGUAUUUUGCCCACCAGCACCCCGAAUACGACUACUACUGGUCCUGGGAGAUGGACAUCCGCUACACUGGACACUACUACGAUCUCUUCAGCAAGAUGGAGGACUGGGCCAAGGAGCAGCCUAGAAAGGGCCUCUGGGAACGCAACUCCCGUUUCUACCUCCCAAGUGUUCACGGCUCAUGGGAGGACUUUAGGCAGAUGGCUCGCGUUCAAUCUGAGAUGGGCACUGACGGAGCCGACAACAUGUGGAAGAACAUGCCAGGCGCAAAGAGCAAGGACGGCAAGGAUCCCACCCAAGUUUCCCGCGCAGAGAAGACCAUCUGGGGUCCGGAGCGACCUCUGAAUGAGGAGGAUUGGUUUGAGAUCGAGAAGGACCCCAAGCCUCCUACCAGCUACGAGAAGGACAAGUACAAGUGGGGAGUCGGCGAGGAGGCUGAUCUGAUCUCCUUCAACCCCAUUUUCGAUCCUGAAGGCACCACUUGGCUCCUGUCAGAGGACAUUACCGGAUACAACAAGAACAACCGCAACGAGCGUAUGCCUCCGAGAAGAGCGCACAUCAUCACCGCGUCACGCAUGUCUCGUCGCCUCUUGAUGACGAUGCACCGCGAGACGGCUUUCAAGAAGCACUUCGCAUUCCCUGAGAUGUGGCCUGCCACGGUCGCCUUCCACCACGGAUACAAGGCCGUCUUCGCACCUCACCCCAUGGAGUGGCCCACAGAGUACAUGGCCCAGGUCCUCAACGGUGGCAAGAACGGCGCUAGCGGUGGUUCUCGCACCGCUGUGUUUGGCCAGCGCGAGCACAACUUGCGUGGUCUGUCUUGGUUCUACAACUCUGGUUUCGCCCCAAACUUGUACCGCAGAUGGCUUGGCCUCAGGGUAAACAACGACGGUGGCGAAGAGUUCGAGAAGACCGAGGACACCACCAAGGAUGGCUCGAGCGUCGGCCAAAUGCGCGGCGGCGAGGGCCGCAUGUGCCUGCCGCCAAUGCUCAUCCACCCCGUCAAGGGUGUUGAGUUGCCUGUGGAGGCGAUACCCGAGGAAGACAAGGAGAAUGCCGUUCCUGAGUCUGAUCCCAAUGCAUGA